AUGAAUUCAAAAUCGUUAAAAUCCACACCAAUUAUUUUAUUUUAUAUCGUUUCAACAACUAUACUUCUUUUUACUUCGUCAAACGAAGCUGUAUGUAGUAAUAAAGCAGUUUAUGAUAAUUGUAGAAAUACAGGAGACUUUAAAUUAGCUUCUUGUCCACCAUCAGAUUAUACCUGUCUAUGUGAUGCGCUCCAACAAAUUCAACUUUGUUUUCAACAAUGUCGAGAUGAUCUUGAUAUUCAAAACGAAGGAAAAACCUACGAGCCUGUAGUCCGACAGUUUUGUGAGCUAAUAGCAUCAGCUAGUUCAACAACAGCAUCAUCACCACAACCACCACCUGUAACACCUACUGUUAACCAAUCAUUAGCAACAACUUCUUUUGCACCAUCAUCGUCUGGCAGCAGCGUUCCAACAACCACAACCACCACAAAAACUACUAAUAAUAAGGAUAAUAUGAUAUGA